AUGAUGAGACGCAAUGUGAGACGGCUCGCCGCUGCGGGUGCUACCGCUCGAAGACCAGCGGGUUCCAUGACCAAGUCCUCCUUGGAGAAUCUUUCAUCGAGCCGUUUGAGGAUGUCAUCGUCCUCUAGAUGUAACCAAUUCUUUCCCGGAUCGUCGGACCACUUUAUCAACUACCGAGCCUUUUCCACAGAAAGCGACAAGAAUGAUGAACCAGCCAAAAAGACUACCAAAAAGACUAUGGAAUUCCAGGCGGAAACCAAGCAACUCUUGGAUAUUGUCACCAACUCGCUUUACACAGACAAGGAAGUUUUUCUGAGAGAAUUGAUAUCAAAUGCCAGUGAUGCCUGUGAAAAGUUGCGCCAUUUGCAAAACGCAGGAGGAGCAGAUAUUGAAAAUUCCGAUCGUGAUUUGGAAAUCAAGAUCACAUUGGAUGAAGUGGAAUCGACCAUUACAAUUGAGGAUACUGGUAUCGGAAUGACAGAAGAAGAACUGGUGUCCAACUUGGGUACCAUUGCACGAUCGGGUAGCAAGAACUUUAUGACCGAGUUGGAACAAGCAGGAUCGAGCGAUGGCUUGGAAAUUGCAAAGGGAAUCAUUGGAAAGUUUGGAGUUGGAUUUUACUCUGUGUUUAUGGUUGCUCACAAGGUCGAAGUUACUACACAACCAGCGAGAGGUGGACCUGCCACAGUUUGGACGUCAGAUGGAACUGGAACCUAUGAGAUAUCCGAGCUGGAUGAGGAGAUUCGACAAGAUAGAGGAACUUCCAUCAAGAUUUUCUUGGAUUCAAACUACUGGAGUCUUCUUCAAGAAUCCAAGAUUACAGAGGUCCUCAACAAGUACUCCAACUUUGUUCAAUUCCCAAUCUUCAUCAACGGAAAUCGAGUCAAUUCAGUUCAAGCAGUCUGGGGUUUAGAUCCAAGAGAAGUCGAAUAUGACACAUAUGUUGAAUUUUACAAAUACAUUGCCCAAGCCAUUGACGAUCCAUUGGAUAUCCUGCAUUUCCGUGCGGAAGCUCCUUUGGACGUUAAAGCACUCUUAUUCAUUCCCAGUUUCCAUUCUGAAAAGUAUGGCAUGGAGCGCAUGCAACCUGGAGUCAGUCUUUACUCUCGAAAGGUAUUGAUUGAAUCGAAGUCGACGGAUAUCCUGCCCGACUGGAUGCGAUUUGUCAAGGGUGUGGUGGAUUCCGAAGACUUGCCUCUUGCCAUUUCCCGCGAAAAGCCACAAGAUUCUGCCCUUAUCUUGAAGUUGCGCAAAGUAUUGACCAGAAAGUUCCUUUCACAGCUAGAAAAGAUGGCAAAGAAAGAACCCGAAAAGUACUUGGAUGAAUUCUACCGAGAGUACGCCUUCUUCUUGAAGGAGGGCGUCUGCCAAGACUUUGAAUUCCAAUCCACCUUGGCCAAGCUGCUCCGAUUCGAGACCAACAAGAACACCACCAAGGAGCUCAUUUCCAUGGACCAAUACAUUUCGAACGUCCGACCGGAACAAAAUGACAUUUAUUAUUUGUGUGCUCCCACCCGAGAGGCAGCAGCCUUGAGUCCCUAUUUGGAGGCCUUUGAAAAGGCCAAUUUGGAAGUCAUCUUUAUUUACACUGCCAUUGAUGACUUUGUCAUGGCCAACUUGGAAAAGUACGAAGGACGCAAGUUGGUGAGCGUGGAGAAUGGUGACAUUGAUCUAAGCCAAUUCCAGAGUGACGAUGAAAAGAAGGAUAAGAAGGAUGACGAUGGGGAUGAAUCAUCAGACGAGGGUGGCAGUGAUGAAAAAUUGAGUGCUACGGAAGCCAUGGAUCUCUGUUUGUGGCUGAAGAAUUCCUUGGGUGACAGCAAGGUUGGAUCCUGUCGGCCAUCCAGUCGAUUGGUAUCUUCUCCCGCCAUUGUCACUGACAAUGAGUCCGGAGCCAUGAGACGAAUGAUGCGAAUGGUGGACACCUCCGAGGGCACGCGGGAUUCCAUGCCCCUGCCCAAACAAAAUGUCGAAAUCAAUCCAUCUCAUCCACUCAUGGUAGGAUUGUACAAGAUUCGAGAAUCAGAACCCAUGUUGGCCAAGAUUCUUGCCGAACAAGUCUACGACAAUUGUUUGAUGGCAGCCGGUCUAUUGGACGACAGCCGAACAAUGAUCCCUCGUCUAAAUGACUUGCUUAUAUCACUCGUCAAGGGUGCACAAUUGCAGCAUGAUGAUGACGACGACAAGAAGGAAGAUGAUAAAUAA